UGGUACAUAAUUCAAUUUUAGUUGUUACAGAAUAGAGUUGUAAACAGGAAGUGUUUAAUUGAGAAUUUCAUGAUGGAUUGCGAAGAAGAUGGCGAAAUUGAAGCGGAAAAGAUGGGUGAAAGUGAUAAAGAGGAAGCAGAUAAUAAAUGUGAGGAGAAGAAGGAUUUGAAUUCUGAGGAAACAUCAAAAAGUGAAAAGGAUGAUUCCAAAACAGAUGAUACACUAAAAUCCAGUGAACAGCAAGAAUCAGAUGAAAAUAUUCAGACUUCUGAUCCAAAUCCUUCUCAAGGAAAAACUAAAGAACAAUUAGAGGAAGAAGAAAGAGAAAAAAUGCAAGUUUUAGUAUCUAAUUUCUCUGAAGAACAAUUAAAUAGAUAUGAAAUGUACAGAAGGUCUGCAUUUCCAAAAGCUGCUAUUAAAAGAUUAAUGCAAUCUAUUACUGGCUGUUCAGUUUCUCAAAAUGUAGUAAUUGCUGUAUCUGGAAUUUCCAAAGUAUUUGUUGGUGAAAUAGUAGAAGAAGCAUUGGAUGUUAUGGAGAACAAUGGAGAAACAGGCCCUUUGCAUCCUAAACAUCUUCGUGAAGCCAUUAGGAAAUUAAGGUUAAAAGGAGCCAUACCAAGUAGUAGACCUAAACCAUAUCUAUUUUUCAGAUGAAAUUACAUUAAAUUUGUCUUUGAUAUGUGACAUUUUUAAUUCAUUCAAAAUUAGUAUAUCAUCUCAAUAUUUAUCUUGUACAAUAAUUUGUGAAUAAAGUAUUUUACAAAUAACAUAUUUAUGAUUUUUAAUAAUAAAGGGAAAAAAGAAAUUAAAUUAUUUCUUUUAUUUACACCAAUUUUUUGCAUUUUUACAGUUUUAUAAAAUCACAAUGUAAAACUUUACAUCCAGUAUUCUAUUUUCUAACAUUUAAAUUCUUAAAAGAGUCAUAUAUAACAAAUAUGAGUGAAAUCUUAAAUAUAUUACAAUAAAUAGUAAAUAACAUUCAAUUGCACAAAAAUUUAAGUUGUAAUAACACAUGGAAAUUUCAGAUUCUGAUGUAUUAUAGAAUUUAUUGUUUUACGUUUUUUUUAAAUCUAUGAACUUUCACAAUCAAUUUCUAUUAAAUAUAUU